UUAUCAGAGGCUAUUUAACAAUAUUUUGUUAUAAUAAAUGCGCAAAACUUACGGUUAAUACUACCCGCAAGAAUUCAUGCACAAGAAACAUCUUUGGGAAAUAAAAAUCGCGGAAAGCGAUACAUAACGAUUUUUCGAAUUCGCAGUGUCGCGCCGCUGUUCAUUUAUUAAUAGAAAUUGUUCAUGAUAUACAUUUAAUGAGAAUACAUUGCUCGUUAUCAUAAUUCUAGUGAAUAUCCUAUUUGGUCUUACAAUUUAAAAAUAUCUGUGAUCAGUGUCUUACUCUCUCUCUCUCUCUCUCUUUAAAACAUUAGUGGUAUCUGUUUAUCAUCUGUCGAAAGUACAGAAUAUUUGGAAAAAAUGGCACUGCUCUAUACGAGACUCCUUUGCCGACGUAAUGUCGAUUUUCGACAUUUUCGGGGUCUGUACACAUCCAGCUUUCUAAGUUCAACGAUGGGGAAUCCUUCACAUGUAACUUGUGAAUCUCAUGAUGAGAGGAAUAUGCGUCUAAAGAGACCAAUGUCACCACAUAUGUCAAUCUAUGAAGUUCAAUUGACAUGGGUGCUUUCGAUAACACAUCGAACUACUGGCAUAAUGUUAUCUUCUUAUGCAAUGUUUCUUGGUUUGGGUACAUUAUUUAUACCAGGUGGUAUCCCCUGUGUUAUAGAAAUAAUAAAUGAUUUAUGUCUACCUUUUCCAAUAUUGUUUCUUGGCAAAACUUUAUUAGCCUUGCCUAUUACCUAUCAUACAUUCAGUGGGAUGCGUCAUUUGGCUUGGGAUAUGGGGAGGUUUCUUACAAUCAAAGGAGUAUAUAACACUGGAUAUAUAGUAUCUGCAUUGGCAGCCAUCUCUGCGCUUGCACUUGCAGCAAUGUAAGAGUAUUAUUUAUGUGUCUGGAAACAAUUUUUCUUUAAAAAUUAGUUGUAUUGUCAGAUUAUUUCAAGUCUAUAUUGUAUCAUUAAUACUAUUAUAUAACUACUGCAUAAAAUAAUAUAAUAAAAUAAUUUAAUAAAACUAAUA